CUUGGCGCCGACGCAUCCGCCCUCUGUCCGUUGGCCACUUCCGUGGUAAUCGGCAACUGCUCGCUACCUUUUUCCGAUUUUUUAUUUUAUUUUUUUAUUUUGUUUCGUUUCCUCGCCUCGGACGGACCAGGCCUGGGAAUCUCUCUCGCUCCGCAGAUCUGCCCAUUUCGUCAUCGACCCGUGCAUCACGAAACUGCGCUUCUUGGCGCCGUUCAGCAACUCGUUCUUGUGGUCGCAAAAGCUCGAAAUCGUCGAAAAGGACUGCUUCCAAAGGCGCUCAAAGUGGUUGCGCUCAAAAGCCCAUUUUGCCGACGGAAGCGACAGAGCAAAAAACACGGUCACCGGCUUUCUCACGUCUGACCUCGUAUUCCGCUCAGUUCAAUUUCCCCUCGUCAUCAGCCUCGAAGGACGACCCCGAAACAGCCCUUGAUUCAUCUGCGACUCGCGAGAAAAGCGUCGACUGCAUUCCGAGCAAAAAGACGACGUCAAAGCGCUAACCACCAUCACUAUGCGGUCGUUCUUCAGGGCGCCGCUGGCCUUGCUGGCCAUGACGGCUUCGCUGCUGUCGCCGGCCGACGCGGAAAGGAUGCUCUUGUCCAACUCGCUCAACCUCUGCCAGCAGGAUUCCACCCUGCAGGCCAGUCUGUUCAAUGUCGUCUACACACCCAGCAACAACUCGGCCAGCAUCAACAUGGUGGCCACCUCUUCGGUCCAGGGCAAGGUCUCGUUCGACAUCGAGGCCUCUGCGUACGGCUACACCUUUCUCAGGCAGACUGUUGAUCCCUGCGAUAUUGGACUCCGAGGUCUCUGCCCCAUGGUCUCUGGCAAAAUCGCCUUUGGCUUUAAUUUGCCCGUCAGCGCAUCCGCUGCCUCUCAAAUUCCCGGCAUUGCCUACCAUGUUCCCGACUUGGACGCCACCGUCAAGGUUCGCGUCAACCUGACGGGCACUGGCGAGAGUGUUGCUUGUGUCGAGGCCGACAUUUCCAAUGGAAAAACCGUCAACCUCGUUGGUGUUAAGUGGGCCACUGCUGUUAUCGCCGGCCUGGCCCUCGUCUCAUCCGCCAUCAUCAACGGUCUGGGUCAUUCCAACGCUGCCGCCCACGUUGCCGCCAAUUCUCUAUCGCUGUUCGGCUACUUCCAGGCUCAGGCCAUUAUCGGUCUUACCGGUAUCCGCCUCCCGCCUAUCGUGCAGGCCUGGACCCAAGAUUUCCAAUGGUCCAUGGGCAUCAUCCGUGUGGGCUUUAUGCAGACCAUUUUCACCUGGUAUCAGCGCGCUACUGGCGGUACGCCUUCUACCAUCUUCGACUCUCUCACCACUGUGUCUGUUCAGCUCGAGAAGCGAGGCCUUCAGGUCGCAGAGGCCGGUCUCAGCCUCAUCAAGCGCGGCGUGGCCAUGAUGCCCAAGCCUGCUGUUCAGCUUUUGAAGCGCGGCAACGUCAUGACUGGUUCUGGAAGUUACGUCGUCUUUGGCAUCCAGCGUGUCGCCUUCAAGGCCGGCAUCGAGAGCACCAACCUGUUCAUGACUGGCCUAGUCUUCUUCUGGAUCUUUGCCCUCAUCGUUGCCGGCGCUGUUGCUGCCUUCAAGGGCUUCCUCGAGAUUCUUGCUAAGCGCGGCAUCAUGAAGAACGACCGAUUCCUUGAAUUCCGAAACGGGUGGAUUACUGUCCUCAAGGGCAUCCUCUUCCGCGUCUGUCUCAUUGGUUUUCCCCAAAUGACCAUACUUUGCCUGUGGGAGUUUACUCAGCGUGACUCGGCCGCCGAAGUCGUCCUUGCCGUCUUCUUCUUCUUCGGCCCGCUCAUUACCCUCGCCUGGGGCGCCAGCAAGGUCAUCCGCAUUGCCCGCCGCUCAAUCUCCAUGCAUCGCAAUCCCGCGUACAUUCUGUUCUCGGACCCGCAGGCUCUCAACAAGUGGGGAUUCCUUUACGUCCAGUUCCGUGCUUCGGCCUACUACUUCAUCAUCCCGGUUCUCUUCUACACGCUCAUCAAGUCCAUGUUCAUUGCACUGGCUCAGCGCAGCGGUGUCACACAGGCCAUCAGUCUCAUCAUCAUCGAAGUCGGUUUCCUCAUCGCAGCCUCCGUCCUUCGUCCCUGGAUGGAUAAGAGCACCAACUCCUUCAACAUUGCCAUUGGCGUCAUCAAUUUCCUCAACGCCAUCUUCCUUUUCAUUUUCACCAAUGUGUUCGACGCCCCCUUGCUAGUUGUCGGCGUCGUCGGCGUUGUUCUUUUCAUCCUGAACGCCGCCUUCUGCGUCAUCUUGCUCUUCAUGGUCAUUUUCUCCACUGGAUUCUCUCUGAUCCGCAAGAACCCGGAUGCGCGCUACCAAUUCAUGUCUGACGACCGCGCCUCCUUCAUGAAAUCGCAAUCGCAGCUGAACGCAACCACCGAACUUGAUGCUCUGGCCGCCACGGCUCGAGGUGACAAGCUUGGCUACAAGUCCGGCUUUGAUUUGGAUGACAACGAGUCUAUGUCCUCUAGCGACGUCCGAAAGCACAACGAGGCUUCUGGCUCUUACAGCGUCUCUGCUACAAACUCUCAGAACUCCUUCUAUCCCAACGGUCAGGGCCAGGCCAACGCUGCCAUUCCCCUUUACCCUGCCCCCCAGCGAGGACCGAGCCCUCUGCGAGAGAGCGCGCCGAAUCCGAUCGCCUCUGGUGUCUCCCUGGCACAACAGCGGACAGCGAACACGGCCAGUCCGGCAAGCGGAUAUCGGUCGCAACACAAUGCUAGCCCCUGGCAACGCGGUGCAGGUUAUGACCACUAGAGUACUCUCUAAUGAAACAAAGGGGAAUAUGUAGUGACGGCAGGUUCUUGAUUCAGAAGAUAACUCCAUGUAACGACCGGGAGGGAACUGAUAUCACUGAGAACUAGGAGACAUGAUGGCGUUUGUAGGGAUGUGUUUGGCGUUGAGGUACAAUGACUGCUUUUUACUUCAUCUUUACGUUUGAUCCUCUUUGGUUCUGCUCCUUUGUAUAUACGCCUAUCAUUUAUAAGGGGCUAGGACAGCGGAGGUUGGGACUAUCAUUUCAUCAUUUAUGUGAAACACAAUUAGGCCACAGGUCUAACGAGCAUCUGGGGGAGAUCCAUUCCUCGUGCUGUAGGAUAAUGUUACAACAAUAAAGGUCAAAUUCGAAUACG